AUGAGGACCCCAGUGCCAAUGAUAAUCGGGGUCGUCUGUGCCCCCGUGGGCUUGGUCUUGGUGUUCACAGCCGUGCUGACCCCCCAGUGGCGAGAGGGGCUCGUCAACCUGGGCAAGAGCACGGCCGUGAAGUACGAUGGACUGUGGGAGUCCUGCCUGGAGUUGGAGGACAGCAAGCAAUGCUGGCCGGUCACCACCAUCUACCAGAGGGACGAGAGCGUGCAGUGGUGCCGAGCCCUGAUGCUCAGCUCCCUGCUGGUGUGCGGGAUGGGGAUCAUCAUGGCCAGCGUGGGAGUCCGCUGCUGGAUGGACUUCCCGCUCCGGAACGUGGCUGGUGCCAGCGGGGUCGUGAUCAUCUUGGCCGGUUCCCUGUGCAUCACCCCCCUCGCGCUCUACAUGAGCCACGUGCAGGAGAUCAGCCCGGACACUCACACGCGGUACCGCUACGGAAACUCGCUGUACUUUGGGUGGGUCGGGAGCUGCGUCCAGAUCUUAGGGGGGCUUUCGCUGGCCCUUAGCUUCAGCUGCCCCCAGUGCGUCCAGUGCCGAGAGGCUCGGCGAGAAGCCAAACGCUCCUACCCGGUCGAUUACUAG